AUGAAUACAGGAGAUAGGCGGCGAUUCAAUGUCUUGGAUAUUAACUCCAUUUUAGAAGCUGAAUUUCUCAGUCGAGCAAGUUUUAAAAUGUCUAAUGAAGCAAAUGUGAUUGGUAACGGGUGUACUGGAAUUGUUUACCGAACAAAACUAGAUGCUGAAGUCAUUGCACCUGGGAAGUCUCCUUCACGAACGCGGUGGAGGCUGCUUGGAGUGGGACGUGAGGUACUGGAUUAUAUUAGGCGAGCUCAAGGUUUGGCUUACCUACACCCUGAUUGUGUACCUCCCAUUAUUCACAAGGACAUCAAAGCCAACAACAUUUUAAUUGGCCUUGAUUUUAAGCCUUAUAUCGCUGAUCUUGGACUCUCCAAACUUCUUGAUGAUGGAGGCUUUGGUUGGUCCUCCAACACCGUUGCCAGUCCCUAUGGUUAUAUUGCUCCACAUGGGGGCAAAUAUUUGUCUUCAAUGAUUGGGGCAAAAUUAGUUACUGAAGGCAAGAAAAACUUCGGUACAUAUAAUCUGAAAAUAUUUCUUUAUAGUUGCUUUGCAAAAUACUUGCUGGAAAGAUUUGACCCGAAUACAUAUGGCGGCAAUUACAACGGGUACGCCCGUGACAUAUGGAGCUUAGGAUUGACUCUACUGGAACUGUUCAUGGGCCAUUUUCCAUACUUGCUGGAGGGACAAAGACCUGACUGGGCUACACUUAUGUGUGCCAUAUGCAUCGGCGAACCACCGAACUUGCUGGAAGUGCAUCAGAAAAUUUCAAGAAUUUCAUUCAGUGUUAUUCGCAGAAGGAUUCCAGUAAACGAUGGAGUGCAACCCAGCUGUUAUCACAUCCUUUUAUGA